CCCGAUAGGAGAUUAAUCCCACCCUUCGGGUCACCUCUUGGUAUAUUUUUUUUUAAAAAGUCGCUCUCAACUGCAGCUUCAAUUGACCAGUCUAUGCUACGAAGAGAUGCAACCAUUUUCAAAGACUGCAAUAUACAAGUCCGCAACUUUAUAUAUUAUAUUCCAUCGACCUUUGAGAUUUCAAACACCACAAUACAAGCAUUUUCUGAGAGAGCGAGAGGAAGGGGAGAGAGAGAGAGAGAGAGAGAUGUGCACGUUAGAGAGAAAAGGCAACAUCUUCAUCCUAACGCUAACAGGCCUAGGCGAGCACAGGCUCAACCCCACUCUCAUCGACUCAAUCCAAUCCGCACUAACCCAAGUCCGGGCCGCCGUGACCACCACCUCCGCAUCGUCGUCACCGGCAGCCUUAAUCACCACCGCACAUGGCAAGUUCUUCUCCAACGGCUACGAUCUCUCCUGGGCCCAGUCCUCCCAAUCCCGGAGGUACCUCAUGGACGCCAAGCUCCGGUCCCUCGUCUCCGACUUCAUCUCACUCCCCGUGCCCACCAUCGCCGCCGUAUCAGGCCACGCCUCCGCCGCCGGGUUCAUCCUCGCUCUCAGCCACGACCACCUCCUCAUGAGGCGAGACCGCGGCUUCAUCUACAUGAGCGAGCUCGACAUCGAGCUCAUUUUGCCGGCUUGGUUCUUGGCUCUGAUCGAGAGCAAGGUCGGCUCGCCGAGGGCUCGGCGCGACCUGUUGCUCAGAGGCGAUAAGGUGACGGCUGACGUGGCAGUGAAGAAGGGGAUCAUCGACUCGGCGCACGAUAGCGCGGAGAAGACGGUUGAGGCCGCGGUGAGAUUGGGGGAGGAGUUAGUUGGGCGGAAGUGGAAUGGACACGUGUACGCUCAGAUUCGCAAGGACUUGUUGUCUGAGGUUUUAGAUGAGAUCCGAAGGGAUAACGGUACCGGCAUGAGAUCGAAACUGUAGCUAAUGGGUCGAGUCGGGUGGGGAUAUUGGACAUUUUGGGCCAA